UAGCUGGAGAGGACAAGGGCAGAAGGCACCAUGAGUGGGGGCCCUGUGGGAGGCAGGCCUGGGGGCCGCGGAGGACAAGCAGCUCAGCAGAACAUCGCCUCCACCCUCCUCCAUGACCAGGAGAACCAGCGACUCUUCAAGAUGCUGGGAAGAAAAUGCUGGACACUGGCCACCUCAGUUGUUCAGCUGUACCUGGCGCUGCCCCCUGGAGCUGAGCGCUGGACCAAGGAUCAUUGUGGGGCUGUGUGUUUCGUGAAGGAUAACCCCCAGAAGUCCUACUUCAUCCGCCUUUACAGCCUUCAGGAAGGCCUGCUGCUCUGGGAACAGGAGCUGUACACACAGCUGGUUUAUUCCACUCCCACCCCCUUCUUCCACACGUUCGCUGGAGACGACUGCCAAGUGGGGCUGAACUUUGCAGAUGAGAGCGAGGCCCAGGCCUUCCAGGCCCUGGUGCAAGAGAAGAUACAAAAAACGAAUCAGAGGCAAAGUGGAGACAGACGCCACCUACCGCAACCACCGGCACCAGCCAAUGAAGAGAGAAGAGGAGGGCUCCCACCCCUGUCCCCGCACCCAGGUGGAGAGCAAGGGGGCCCAGCAGCUGGCCCACCGUCUCUGGGACUGGCAACAGUGGACAUCCAGAACCCAGACAUCACAAAUUCACGAUACCGUGGGAUCCCGGUGCCUGGGCCUGGCCCAGUUGAUAAGAAACGCUCAGGGAAGAAAAAGAUCAGAAAGGCUGAUAUUGGUGCACCCAGCGGAUUCAAACAUGUCAGCCAUGUGGGGUGGGACCCCCAGAAUGGAUUUGACGUGAACAACCUAGACCCGGAUCUGCGGAGCUUGUUUUCUAGGGCAGGAAUCAGUGAGGCUCAGCUCACUGAUGCUGAGACCUCCAAACUUAUCUAUGACUUCAUUGAGGAUCAGGGUGGGCUGGAAGCUGUGAGGAAGGAAAUGAGGCGCCAGGAGCCGCUUCCACCACCCCCACCGCCAUCCCGAGGAGGGAACCAGCCUCCCCGGCCCCCUUCUGUGGGGAGUAACAAGGGUCGUUCUGGUCCACUGCCCCCUGUACCUUUGGGAGGUGCACCGCCCCCGCCAACUCCGCGGGGACUCCCACUGCCAGGCCGAGGGGGCCCUCCACCACCACCCCCACCAGCCGCAGGACGUUCUGGGCCACUGCCCCCUCCACCCCCUGGAGUUGGGGGCCCACCCUUGCCGCCGCCACCGCCACCACCGCCUCCGCCGCCACCACCACCACCCAGCUCUGGGUAUGGACCAGUACCUCCCCCAGUCCCUCCUACUCUGGGGCCUGUGGGGGGCCUGGCCCCUGGUGGAGGUCGAGGGGCUCUUUUGGAUCAAAUCCGGCAGGGAAUUCAGCUGAACAAGACCCCUGGGGCCUCGGAGAGUUCUGCGCUACAGCCACCACCUCAGAGCUCCGAGGGGCUAGUGGGUGCCCUGAUGCACGUAAUGCAGAAGAGAAGCAAAGCCAUUCAUUCUUCAGACGAAGGGGAGGACCAGGCUGGAGAUGACGAUGAGGACGAUGAAUGGGAUGACUAAGUUGCCACCACCCCGACCUGUUCCGCACCUGAUCCACAGGCAGCUGCUGCCCGCUGCCUUCCUCUCUUGGCUCUCAGGCCCCCAGGGCCCAUUUCUUCCCCACCACCCCCUCCAAUGCUGUUACCUCUGACCGGCCCCCAGUUGCCUUAGC